GCUGCUCAACAUUAGCCUGAUGCACAUCAAAGCCUUCGCCGUUUUGUUUUGUUGUCCAAGCAAACCAUCAAUUUGAACACUUUUACACCAGUGGUGGAGCUUCAAGGGGUCAGGAUUAACACGUGGACUAAAUUAUCAGGAGUGUUUCAACGUUAAUGAAGAUGCAAGGGAUGGAAACCAGACAGUAAGAUUUAGGAGGAUUUUUGUGUCGGAGGGUUUCUCUAACUGUGGAGUCAAUUAUUUGGACAUCUGGGGUCUGUCAGAGUGCAUGGGGUCCACUUUCUGUUACCCUUUACUCGUGACUGACAAAAUCCAGCCGGUGACAGCCAAGUAGGAAUCUCAGAGAUAUUUGGCCGUCCUGGAGGAGGAUGCCUUCUUUGCACCACAUAGCAAUCUUCUUUGGAGCGUUCCUCAUCGUGACCGGAGGCUCCACAGCCUUUUUGGCUUCGCACCAGAGUCGCCUGCAGGCGUUCUCCCUCUGCUGCGUGGUGCUGGGGGUGGUCAUGCUCAUUCUCGGCUUGUUUUGGGCCAUGAACAGCAAAAAUGCUGGAAACUACAACCGCCGGGAGUUUGACACGGAUUGUCCCCAUUACCCAUACAAUGAGUACACCAACUACCCAACCCAGGCUCUCUUCUCCCCUCCCCUAACCCGCUUCCCGGAGUCCCAGUCAGUGUUUCUACCAAGGACCCUGGAGCGCCAAAGGCAGGGUGGUCGUGGAGAGGAUUUUGACUAUCCACCCAUGGAUUCUGGUGGAUUUAGCCCAGCACCUCAUCUUCCUCCGUGGCUGGGACCCCCACCUCCCUACGAGGUUGCCAUCAAGACCACUUGCAGUUCUACACACCUGCGGCGUGCUUACUCAGACACACACCUGGCAACGGAGCCGCUGUUUGGACAGUCGAGAGAAAUCAGCUUUGAGGUGUGACCCUGAAUGAUUAUGACGACAACAUGCCUGCUCUGUGAGGCACAAGACUCUAGUGUAGCCUGCAGACAUACUCAUUCUCCUGAAGCAUGCUUUUGUCUCGGUUAAAGCAUGCUUUUUCUGUCUGAAACACAAAGAUUUGUUGAAAUUAUGAAGCACAGCAACUCUGAGCAACCAGUCUGCAUUUUCUUGACUUUCUUUCACUGUUAAAAUAUUCGGCUAGCCCAAAAAUAAUUUUGACUUCCAAAAUAAUAUGUUAAGGGAAUUAUUAUUUAGAUAUAAAUAGAACUUUAAAAGGAUUUUUAUUUGGUCCAGGGUCUAUGUCUAUGAAGCAGUUGGGGUUUGUUAGCUUAUCAAGGCUAAUUAAUGGGUAAAAAUGGUCACAUCUCGACAAUACCCAAUGGUUUUAAGAUUUUAGCUUUGGAACUGCAGGUGUGCUUGUAAAGCCAGCAGAAAUGUACUAAGGCUCUGACAGAGAAUCAGUCACUUCAGCACCAUCUGAUGGAGGCUCUUUCACAAAUAUGUUGCAGAUUUAACCUUGCUUAAAGGGAUAGUUAGAACAUAUUUGGAGAUGUGAUUUGAGUUAUGUCAAUAGUCACCUGCAGUCAGAGUGAUCCUGUUUAGAUGUUUUCAUUGAAAAGUUGAGUUAACCCUCGAGGUAGUUUGAAAAGUCAGUCGGUUCAAAGGUUGAUUUUUUUGCCAUCUCAGUACAACUCAAAUCUUAAAAUCAGAUGGCAAUCCAUGCAAAUCCUAUUUUGUUUAUUUUUACUCAGCAUUACUUUUCCAUCAGAGAGCUAUGCUGCCCGAUUCUGUUUCCCAGCACUUUUCACAUGGACACAGUUUUUCAAUGGAAGGAUUUUAGUGACCAACCUUUACAGAAACAACCAGAUAACCAAGCAAACGUGUUAUCUGUGUAGAGGUUUAUAAAAUGCCAUCAAUGCAAACUGCUAUGAUUUUUUAAAGUUUAUUUAACAUGGAAGAAAUCCUGGCACUGGUCUCACUUUGCCACCAAAAGCAGCCUGGAGGGUGUGAACAAGGUGAGUGCAUUUACCCUGUUGGGUUUUGACCGUCACGGUUCUGCUGCCUUGCUUGUUGGCUCAGGGUGAUGAGUGAACAGUGGUGAACCUGGUGACUUGAACCCCACCCUCGUUGCCUGAGUUCUUUUACAAAUCAUUGAGAUAGGAAGACAUCCUAGGUAUAACUUGAAGUGCUUUGUGAAGGUGACCACUGUCUGAUGACAAAAACUUCACAGAACCCCACCUAGAAAAAGAAGAGACAUCUGGAACUAUCCCUUUAAAAUGUCACCUUAGAACAAAUGUCUGUUUUACUGCAACAAUAAUUUAUUAGAGACCAAACUGGUUUUGCAGCAGACUGUAAAUGUUUACUUUACUUCCGCACUUUAGCAUGAGAGGAUCCAUGUUAACAUUUUUCAGAAAAAACAGAUAUUCACCUUAAAAAAGCACCUCAUGUGGUCUUUAGCAGACCUGCAGAUUUCGGAACCUUUUUUCCUUCUCUUCAAAUCGCAAGCUGCCACUUAAAGUCUCUUUCCAGAGUAUUUCUCUUGUCCGAUGGCACCAUCUAGUGGCUGACAAGCAUAUCACACAAAUAAUUUCUCCUUCCACUUUCUUGAGAUGGCGACAUCACGUUUCUUGUUUAUAAAUGUGCUUCUGUAGCCGACAAACAGACCUAAAACCCAUUGCUUUAUGAGUAUUAUUCUCAUGUCAUGUUGUGUUUUCAUAUAUUUAUAUUUUAGAGACUUUCUUGUUUGUGAAAAAUUCAUCAACUCUGCAUCAGCUGAGGAAUUCCUUAAAUGUGAAGCAUGUAAGCGAUAGUCUAAUGGGCCAUUCCCAUCUGUACCGGGUCGGCCUGGGCCGGGUAGCCCCAGUCGGCCCCAGCCUGGCCCAGUUGAUUCCACACAUCCUUAAGCCCAUGUGGGCUGAUUCUACCCACCAAUCAGAGGCUUGCUCUAAUGGAAGGUGUGAAUUUGCUGUCAGCAGUGGGUGUGUUGGCCCUGGUCGGCCUGAAGCAGACCCCCUCGAGAAGAGGGCUGAGAAUGAGCCUUGGUUGGCCCGGAAAAAUACCAGGCCACCCAGAUAUGUAAACAACCUACGCUACCCGGCCCGGGCCGACCCGGUACAGAUGGGAAUGGCCCAUAACGCUAUUGGUUAGUUCUGGUCGGCGCUCAGUUUCCUAUUGCACAGAGCUCUGUGGGGCAGGGGGCAUGCUUAGCAAAAAAAAAAAAAAAAAGAAUAAGUAUUGCUUACAUUAUAUCACAUGGCAAGAUAAUAACUUUUACGAAUUUCUGAAAAAUCACACGUAAUUUUGGAAUGGGAAAACUCCGGAAAGCUACUUUAAGUACUAUUGUUUGUAUCUGAUAUUGAAAUCCUUAUAGGAAUGAUAUAAUUCACCCUUUAACAUGAUGGCUGAUGAAAAUCUCAAUGACAACCUGGCAUAAACCAUAGACAUACUUCCAGGAAAAUUCAAAAUAGAAACUAAAGUUUGAGAAGGGGUACUAGGCAGUUUUAGCUUGCUUUUAGCACCCCCUAGUGUCUGUUUAGCAGAUUAAAAAGAUCCUCGCUCCUACUCCUGAAAUCUGAAAUGUCUCCUAACCUUCAUUUGUGUCUACUAGGGUUGUCACGGUAACCGGUGUAGCGGUAAACCCCGGUAAAAAAAGUUGACAAUAAUAAUAACAGUCUUGUUUUUUAAAACAUAUAUUAUCUCGGUGGAUAAGCGUGGCUGUGGUGUAGGCGCGGUGACCCUUACCAGCCACCGUAUCAUCUGCUGAAGUUGCCGGCGGCACAUGCGCACUUUGUUGUUUACAACCAAAACUUUCUUGAAGCUAAAGCUGAAAUAAUGGCCAAAGGAGGAGACGGCAGCGGUCAGGACAUUUAUUAUCCCUCAAAGAAGACAAAGAGGGAAGUACGGGCAUCUUUUGGAUAUUUGAAGAAUGCCGAGGGACAGCUGAUAGAAGACGGCUAUCCUGUUUGCAGCACGAGCAGAAAAAGUGUCUGUGAAAGGCAGCAACGCUUCAAAUCUCAUGACACAUCUGCGUGACCAUCACCCACAACUCUACAGUCAACGCAAGGCAAGCUAACGUUAGCGUUUUAGCUAAAAUGCGUGAUCCGAGGAUUUGGGUUGAGGGAGAAUGCAACGAGUCGCUAUAUAAAGCAGCCGCAGCGCCGCUACCUGCAUAUAAACCGUGUCGCGGACACCCCCAUGUUGAAAUGACGCUAUGCAUUACGGGGCUCCCAGGGUCAGAUAAGAGUUGGUCUCUCUCCGAGAAUAAUUAUGAAUUUAACAACGAUUACUGCCUGAUGACAUUUUCCCACAUCUGCAAAGCUCACUGGAAGGACACAAACCGAGGACAAUAUUUUCCUGAUAUAGGGUUUAGUACUCAAGUAAGGGUAAAAAAGUAUCUGAUUAGAAGGCUACUUGAGUACUGAGUAUCAUCUGAGCUAAUAUUUUUAAAAUGAGGACAUCAAACAGACAUAAAAUAAGGAGUUAUGGGCAAAUAUUGGUAUUUUAAAGACUAAAGGGGAAAAAUGUAAACAAAUAAACAACAUAAUUACAAAAUAACUAAUUUUAGGCUAAAUUUAGACACAAACUGAGGACAAUAUUUUCCUGAUAUACAGGGUUUAUUCAGUUGUCUGAAAAUGUAACACCUUUAAAAAAUACCGCGAUAAUACCGAAAACCAUGGUAAUUUUGGUCACAAUAACCGUGAGGUUAAUUUUCACACCGUGACAACCCUAGUGUCUACAGGAGUAAUUCAUCACUAAAUUAAACAAAUCAGUUAUUUUAAUGAUCUAAAACAUGCAGGAAACAUGCUGGAAGCAGACUGCAGCACCAGGAAUGUCAGGUCCAGUUUUUCCCUAGUCAGACCAACAGACCGGACCGGCAACUCUGAAGUUGCAAAUGCUGUAUUCUGGCCCCAGAGGGUGGUGGGAGUCUGAGUGACAUUUCAUUAACCCUGUAAAGACUCAUUUUAGCACAUGCUGGCUCAAGAAAAUGGCUUAAAAACAGGAAAAACGUGCCUACAGUAUCCCUUUAAAGUGCAUAAAGAACAAGCAGGAUCUGUAUUGUGAAUAAAAACAACAUUUGUUUUCAAAUAGCAUUAAAACACCCUUGAAAUCAAAACAAAUGGGAACUAUUAUAUUGUGUGUACUUGAUUUCACCUCAACAAAACACUUUAGUGACCUUUUUCAUCUUGACCUUGUGUCAUCAGUGAAAACUGUUCAUUAACGUAUGAUUAAAAUGUUGUUAUAUUGAUAUAAAAGUCCCUUUAGCUAUACUCGCCUUUAUAUAUUUGGUACAUUUUCCUGGAACUUGAUUGGUUAAAAAAGCAGCAACUAAAAUCCUGUCACCAGUUGCCAUAGUAGCAAAGACACUCAGGAAAUUUUACAUUUCUUAACACACGGAUACUCAGACUUUAUUCAUUUUACUGGGAUUCCCCAGCAAUAAAGCCCGCGUUUGCCUGCCAAACAGCACAGUUUUCCUUUGCAACAUCCUAAAACCUUGAGGAAAUUCUUGCCCCAUGUUUCCGUUUGUGUGGCGCUCAUGCACUCCUCACAUUGUGACUCAUGUGACCAUAUGCUUUUUUCCAUUGCUCAGCAGACCGUUGCUGACCGCUGGCAACAUGUCUCAAGCGUCCAUCCCCUAACCGACCUGUUGUUGUAACAGAACGAUCACAUUAGUGUUUUUGCACUUAGAUUGUAAAUUUAUGGUAAAGACAGGUGUUCAUUUUGGAGUCUUGAAGGAAGCACAAAUCACCUGAUUGCAGAUGAUCCACUGUGUCAUGUUGCCUUAUAUCUCUUUUUAUGCAUGCAUGUGUGAUGAUGGGUGGUGUAUUUCUCACAGAAAACAAUGCAGGAGAACAUGUUGCAGCUGCUGUGUGGUGUGCUGUGAAUUGGAUGUUCUUUAAUAAAACACUAAAGAUGAUUCUUCUCUUUUUCUUCUUUCUUAGAAACUCUUUAGAUUUUAAUGGAAAAGUUAGAUUAAUUCAUAAAAGUUAUUUUUAAAUGUUUUCCUGCAGACUUUGUCCAGCCCUGUAUAACUCUUGGAAAUAAAAUAAAUAAUAAUACAAUAUAAACUCCUGGAUUUAAUUUACAUUGUGUUUCUCACAGUACCUAUGAUGAAAAUUACAGACCACUCUUCUUUUUAAGUGGUAGAAUGUAAUAUACUCAGUGUGUGUGUGUGUGUGUGUGUGUGUGUGUGUGUGUGUGUGUGCGCGCACGUGUGUGUGUGUGUGUACAUUUUCGUGGUCC